CUUUGUCGCUUUGCAUGCUGGUCCUUGUAGUCAAAUGUAGUUCUUCCUCCACUGUCGCCGCAGAGCUCAGUUGCUACGUCUCUAAUGAACUCUUCGGGCUGUGCAGCCAUGGAGACAGCCGAGGCUGAUAGCGGAGGUAACAAGAGGACACCGUGUCCCUUAUAUGGCUGUAAGCGAGUGUACUCGGACACGAGGGCUCUGGAGAGCCACGUCAGAGACCAUGAGAUCUCCGCUCAGUCUCUACCAGGAAAGGUCCUGUUGUGCUCCACUUUGGGAUGCAGUGGUUCCUUCCCAGAUAUGCAAAGACUGAUGGAACACAUGAGGCAUCAUCACAAACCCAACAUUUUCUUCCUGUGCGAGAGCUGCCGCACAAAGUUGCGUUCUUACCGGGGCCUCCUGACUCACCUCCACACCUGCUCCAAAGUGUCCCGGGGGAGGCCAAGGACGGCAGACCCAGGGCCCCCCCCGCCAAACGCCGCCGUGACCGACCUGGACGAGAAGCCCCCGCUGCUCGACCGGUUGUCCACCCCCCAGCUGCCGCCCUCCGAAAUCCCAACCACGGAAGGUUCCUUCCUCGCCGCCGUUCUGGAGGCGGAGCCUCCCCCUCCUCUCCACGGCACCUCCUCUCCCCUCCUUGCGCCACCCCAGCUCAAAGAGGCGGCGUCCCAGCCCUGGGUCAAGAGCGAACCCUCCGAUUUUCUUCUGCCUUCAAACCCGGAUGGCCACGACCGCAGCGGCGAAUGCUCCGGUUUACCACCCGACACAAACCAGGUGUCCUGAGCCCGUCCACGCGGAGGCUUCGGUUUCUCCUGUGACCACCGCCGUCUGGAAGAAGAGUCUGUGGAUUUAGCUUGGGUUUAGUGUUUAGCUCCGCCAAUGUGGCGGUGGUUAGUCAUCGGUUAUCGUGUUGGUGUCAGCCAGCUUUGAAAUGGCACAUCUGCGGGUGGUUCAGUUGGUUACAGUCUUGACAUGAUGUGGCUAAAUCUCACACUGCUGCUCCUCGUGGGUAAAGUGUUCAUGUUUCUGCCACUUAAAAGGAUCAGUCAUCCAAUCCAAUGAUAAAGCAUCAAGGUCACCAUGCAUCAUUUAUUUAUAAAAGACUCCGUAUUGGCUGGUGGAAUCAGUGAAGUUGUUGGGACGGUUUGCAUCAGUGGAAUUAAUCCACAUUUGGGACUCUAUUAAAUCAAAUUAAACGUGUGUUUAUGGUGAUGAAGCAACCGUGUGCGUCACUGGAUGAUGAACUGAAUGGCUCAGAAGAAAUCACACGUACACACUGGUUUGGCCAUGUCAUGUGAUUAAUUUACAAUAACAGAUUUUCUUUAAAUAACCAAUUGACUGGAACAUUUAUCUUCUCCAAACACUAACAAGAACGACAAAAUAAAGUUUUUAUUUUAUUUUAUUAUUUGGGUCAGUCAGAAUGAGUUGAUACAAGCACUUGGCUGCUCAGAGCCCAAAGCGUGCUGGCCACACAUCCAACACAUGCUCCCCAACAACCAUCCCCGGGGGGCUUUCGCCCACCGUUACAUUAGAACUCCCCCGCCGAGCAGCGAGCUUUGUCAUUAACACAUCGAGACACUAGCACACAAUGACGGUCCCACUUGGUCACCAACUUCUGAAUUAUUAGACAUUACCACAUGCAGACUGAGGUGCACUUUCCCACAGAAACAAAUCCCAUCAUGAAGGAGCGUCAUCGUCGAUACUCCAUUAGAAAGAAAACACAUGGGGGGGGGGCUGUCACACUGAUCUGUCAUAACUUAGCUUUGACAGCAUGAACCACCCUCCGUUCAGAUUUAGUACACAUUUUCAAAAUGAUUAUUUAUUUUACAGCCCUGCAGUUGCCACCUGUUAAUUUCUGUUAAUAAAACCGAACCUGCUGGAAA